ACGUGUAAUUUUAAUUUAAAAGUGAAUAAUACAAUAAAACUUUGUGGCAUUUGAAACCCGUAAAACAGACCGAAAUUUAAUCGGUUUAAUAUGCCCACCCAAAAGAAAAAACUCAAGAAAAGCAAAAUCGAUAAUAAACAAGUAGCGGAAACUGCUACAACAACAAAUGCGAUGAAAAUAAAAUCCGAGCCGCUGGACAUUAAACCGCUAAGCUCGUUCAUCGACGAUCGAGUAGAACUGAUCCGGCAAGCCUUCUCCUGCUUGAAGCCUAAAGAGGUGAAAUGUUUAGUCCCGGACACUCUGCAAGGAAAAUCAAUCGAGUUCAUUCAGGAGCAGUGCCUGGAUGAAGUGUUGGGAAUUUCCACGAAACGAUUGCUUUCUAUUAUCAACAGCACUAAAUGUCCAACCGAUACCGAAUCGUCGGAUGACGGUGAAGACAAAAUUGAAGAACACAUAUCUCUAGAUGAAAUUUCUUCGGAUUCCGAUGUGGACAUUAAAAAUGUGAGGAAAGUUGACAAAAAAUCAAAAAAACUUAAAAUAUCUGAUACAGCUUCAAACGAGAAAGUUUCAAAAAAUGGUGGUAAAAAAAGUGAAAAGGAGAUGACGGUUUUGGAGCUGUUGGAAUUACAGGCACGUGCAAGGGCAAUUCGCUCGCAACUGGCUCUGGAACCAAUAACGAAAAUAGAACUAGAUUCAGAUCAAGAAGCUGGUAAUGAAUCAAAUUCCGAAGCAGCUCCAUCACGUAAGAAAAAAGAGAAUAGUUGCAAUGAAGCAAAAAUGUCUACAUCAUCUACAGUUGUGGAACAACCUAAACGUGUUCGGCUUAAGAGAAAUUUUCGUAUUCGUCAGGUUGGUGAUGAAGAACAACAGGAGGAAACCGAAGCUGAUCAAGAUUCAUCGAAAUCGUCUGAAAAUUUUAAACGCACUUCACCUAACAAGUCGAAAGAUAAGAUGUCCAAGACUCAAGCUGAGGUCUCUAAAUCAACAAAUGAACAGCAAAAAGAAACUAAAAGCAGAGACAGUAGUCCUGAAGUUAUACCACUGAUUCCAAGUCCAGAGACUUUAUGUAUUUCUUCAGAAUCUGAGUCCGAGGAAACAUCAAAGAAACAACCGUCUAUUUUUGUUGAAAAUGUGAAAGAACUAGAAAAGGAAAUGACUAGAGUGACAGAUAAACCAGUUCCACAGGACACAGUUGAAAAUGAAGAACCUGAAGAAGGAGAAAUUUCAGAAGAAGAAAAAUCUCUUAGAAAGUCAAAUACACAUUCUAUAAACACUUCCAAGAGUCAAAGUGAACACGAACAACUGGACGACAGUAUUGGAAGUAAAUUUGAUCAAGAAGAAUUAGAUUACGAAAUUAAAACUUCUGAUUCUGAACCAGAAACUAGUGCAAAUUGUAACGAGGCAGAAAAGAAAAAUUUUGAAAAUGCGCCGGAAAACACUGUUCCAGUAGAAUUAAUGCCUGGAAACGACAAAGACAACGUUGAAAGUGAAUCGGAUGAUUCGAUGAGUGAUGUUGAAAAGAAUAAUCAGGUGAAAAAACAAAUGCUGCCAGAUGAUGACGAUUCAGAUAUAGUCGAAAUUCAUGAUUCCAGCGAUGAAACAUUGCUUGAUCAAAAAAUGGCAGAAGAUGAUCAGGAAAAAUCUUGGAACUCACGUUGGUUAGAGAGCAACCGUGUUGCCAAAGUUAUGGCCACUUCGAGACUUGGCAAUAAAGUUCGUGACAAGUUGAAGAAAAAAAAGAAAAAGAAACAGGAAGAGGAGGAAGAGGCCAGAAAACCACCAACACCAGAACCGGUAGUAGAGACAGUACCAACCUCAACUGCAGAGGUUGGAUCCGUUGAACACUACAAAGAGCUCGUCGCAAAAGUUGCGGAGGCAGAAAAACAAUCGUCUGCCGAGGGUUCUGAAAAGGAAGCAUCCGAACAUAAUUGAGUAAGUAUUUCAUCAAUUGUCGUACAAUGAAUACCAAAAUGAUAGAACAAUAGUUUUGAUUUAUCUCAAGAGAAAUA